AUGCAUAUUAAGAAAAUCAUAAUACAAGGGUUUAAAACCUACAAAAAUGUCACUACAAUUGAUCUUCUAUCACCACAUUGUAAUGUGGUUGUUGGGCGUAAUGGAUCAGGUAAAUCAAAUUUUUUUGCUGCCAUUAGAUUUGUAUUAAGUGAUGCUUACACUCACAUGUCAAGAGAAGAAAGACAAGGAUUAAUUCAUGAAGGUUCAGGUACGGUUAUGUCAGCUUAUGUUGAAAUUAUAUUUGAUAACUCAGAUGGAAGAUUUCCAAUCAAUAAAAAUGAAAUUAGUAUUAGAAGAACAAUUGGUUUGAAAAAAGAUGAUUAUUCGUUAGAUGGGAAAUCAGCUACUAGAUCAGAUAUUAUGAAUUUAUUAGAAAGUGCUGGAUUUUCAAGAUCAAAUCCUUAUUAUAUUGUACCUCAAGGAAGAAUCACAAGUUUAACUAACUCUAAAGAUCACGAAAGAUUAAAUUUAUUAAAAGAAGUUAGUGGGGCAAAUGUUUUUGAAAAUAAAUUGAAAGAAUCCAUGAAAGAAAUGAAUCAAUCCAAUUUAAAACGUGCUAGAAUCGAUGAAACGUUAAUUAGUAUUGAAGAAAGAUUAAAAGAUUUACAAAUUGAGAGUACUGAUUUGAAGAAUUUUCAAAAAUUGGAUAAACAGAAAAAGAUUUUGGAGUUUAAUAUUUUUGAUCGUGAAUACAAUGAAUUGAAUGUGUCCUUGGAAGAAUUGGAAGAAAGACAACAAGCAAUGAAGGAUGAAACUAAACAAGAUUUAAUCGAUUUGGAAAAAAGAGAAAAAUUAUGUGUUGAAUUGCAAGAUUCAAUCAAAGAAUUGAAAAUUUCCUUGAAAAUCUUGUCAUUAGAAAAAGAACAACUGGAUUUAGAUUGUGAUCAAUUAUUAAAACUUAUAACAGAUAAAGAAAUCAAAUUAAAUGAAUUCAGAUCCACUAAUGAAUCAUCUAAAGAACAAAAUAGUUACCUUAAUGAACAAAUAAAUCACUUACAGUUGGAGAUUCAAAAACUUAAACAAGAGAUUUCUAAAAGCAAACCGGAAAUGGUUGAAUUACAACAACAAGAGUCACAGUUGAAACAACAAUUGCUUGAAACAUCUUCCAAACAAAGAGCAUUAUACUCCAAAAGCAAUAGAUUCCAACAGUUUGAUACAAAAAAGAGUCGUGAUGAUUGGUUAAAUGAGGAGAUUUCCAAAUUAAAGAAACAAUUGACUUUGAAGGAUCAAGAUAUUCGCCAUGUUUCUAGUGAAAUCAAAAGCAGAGAAAGUGCUAUUGCUGAAUUGUCUGAAUCCAUUGACAAAUUGAAUGAAUCAUUGAUUGAUAAAGAACAUAUACAGACCUUAGCUGAAUUGAAGACAAGUAUAGCAGAUUACAAAUCACAGAUCAACCAACUAACGGAUGAAAGAAAAUCCUUAUGGCGUGAUGAAAUCAGAUUGAAAAGUGUUUAUGAUUCCUUGACGAAUGAUUUGACCAAUGCUACUAAUUUAGUGAAUCAAACUAUGGAUAGAGCCCAAGCUCAAGGUAUUGCUGCUGUUAAGCAAAUUGCUAUUCGUUUGGGAUUGAAUGAUCAAGUUUAUGGUACUGUAGCUGAGUUGUUUCAUGUCAAUGAGAAGUACAAGACUGCUGCUGAAGUUAUUGCAGGUAAUUCGUUAUUCCACAUUGUAGUCGAUACUGAUGCCACAGCUGCGACUAUAAUGGAUGAGUUGGUAAGAAACAAAGCAGGUAGAGUUACAUUUAUUCCUUUGAACCGAAUUGAUUCUCUACACAUUGAUUAUCCUGAUUCACAAGAAAACCAAUGUAUUCCAUUGAUUAGUAAAUUGAAAUAUAAUGAAACAGUUCAUAAAGCCAUGAAUCAAAUAUUUGGUAAAGCUCUUGUGGUGAAUGAAUUACAAAGAGGUGGUGAAUUAUCUAGAAAGUUUAGAUUGAGUUGUAUUACUUUGGAUGGUGAUAGAGUUGAUACUAAAGGGGUAUUAUCUGGUGGUUAUCGUGAUUAUAAGAAUUCUCGAAUUGAUGCAUUGAAGGUACAAACCAAGAAGAGAAGAGAAUUGGAAAAGACUCAAAAUGAAAUGACCAGAGUUGUUAAUGAAAUUGAAACUACAAAUUCACAAUUGACCAAGUUGAACAAUGAAUUACAAUUGAAUAUUAGAGAUUUGGAUAGAAUUUCUGAAUCCAAAGAGCCUAUAAAGAUUGAGUUAUCACAAGUAACAAAUAAGAAAUUUAAUUUAGAUCAAGAAUUAUCAUCCUUAAGAUUCAACCUUGAUAGUUUACAAAACACCAAGAACUCGAUAAAUAUCAAUUUGAAACAACAUGAAACAGAAUUGAAUAGUGUAUUUACGCAGGUAUUGACACAAGAAGAACAAGACGAAUUGAAUAGCUUGAAUCAAGAAAUAGCUAGAUUAGAAGGAGAAUUGGAUCAAGUGGUUACAAGGUCAUCUGAGUUGGAUACAAAAGUAUCACAACUUGAGAGUGAGUUAAUUAACAACUACCAACCUAAAUUGAAUAAGUAUAGACAAGACCAAGCUAGAUUGGGCAAUAAGCUGGAGAUCAAUUUAGAAUUUGAGAAUUUACAACAAGAAUUGGAAAGUUUACAAAUGCAAUUGGAUACUGCACAAUCACGAAACACCCAAGCCGGAGAUAAUUAUAAUAGAGUCAAUCAAGAAUUGAGUAAAUGUGAAGACGAAUUGAAGAAAGCAAAUGCUCAACAACUUAAAAUCAUAAAGAAUAUUGAAAAAUUCCUGAAACAAUCUAAUAUUUUGUCCAAUCAAAAGGAGAUUAAGAAACAAAUGAAAGAUGAGGCUAAUCAAAAGAUCAGAGAUUUGGGUGUGUUACCAGAAGAAGCAUUUCAAAGUGAUAAAUAUGAUAAGUUUACAUCGAAUGAAUUGAUUAGCAAACUUAAUACAGUGAACCAAGGUUUAACUAAAUAUUCCCAUAUCAACAAGAAGGCCAUGGAACAGUUUAAUGUGUUCAACAAACAGCGUGAUGAUUUAGUUGCAAGAAGAGUUGAUCUAGAUAACUCCCGUGAAUCAAUUGAAGAUUUGAUCUCAAAUUUGCAACAGCAAAAGAAUGAUGCUAUCAAGAAGUCAUUCCAACAGGUUGCCAAAGCUUUCCAUGAAGUAUUUGAAAAAUUAGUUCCCCGUGGUACAGGUAGAUUGAUUAUGCAGAAGAAAGAUGAAAAUAAUGAUAGUGAUGAUAUAGAUAAUUAUUCAGGUGUGGCAAUUUCAGUUUCAUUCAACUCCAAGAAUGAUGAGCAACAAAGAAUUGAACAAUUAUCUGGAGGUCAAAAAUCGUUAUGUGCAAUUGCGUUGAUUUUUGCUAUUCAAAAUUGUGAUCCGGCACCAUUUUAUUUAUUUGAUGAAAUUGAUUCUAAUUUGGAUACACAAUAUCGUACAAGUGUUGCUAAUUUGAUAAAGAGUUUAUCUAGCGAAGCUCAAUUUAUUUGUACUACAUUCAGACCGGAAUUGUUGCAGUUAGCAGCCGAUAAAUUCUAUGGAGUUACAUUUAGCAAUAAAGUGAGUUCAAUUAGUGAAAUCAAUAAAGAGGAAGCAAUGUCCUUUGUUGAAGGUCAACAAAACAGAUAA